AUGGUAGCAUCUCCUCCGUUUAAAGCUGCUGCUCCAGCUCCAGCAAUCACUCCUCCGGUGGCAACACCUCCUGCGGCCACUCCUCCUACGGCUACACCUCCUGCUGUGACACCUGUGAGCUUGCCGCCAGUGCCAGAUCCAAUGAGUUCUCCACCAUCGCCUGUUCCGGUGAGCUCUCCCCCUGCACUGGCACCGACAACUCCGACACCCGUGGUAGCACCCAGCGCUGAGGUCCCCACUCCCAAGUUGAAGAAGAAGACGAAGAAGAAUAAGAAGCACACUGCACUAGCAUCGUCGUCGGCAUUGCUUGACCCUCCCACUCCUCCGAUAUGA